CCAAUGCGGCACGAGGCACUGAGAUAUCCUACCGGUAAGGCAGGUGAGGUAGGAGCGAGGAGCGAGGAAGGGCAGCCAAGAAGGAGAAGGGGAAGCUGACGCGCGCCUUUGCUUGGCUUGUAGCUUCCGACCCUCCUCCUCCUCCUUCUCCUCCUCCUCUUCUUCUCCUCCUCCUCCUCUUCCUCUCCUCCCCUUUCCUUUUCUCAUUUUUGUACAAAAUCUCCUCAAUCCGUGCCACCAGUUCCGAUUGACCUUCCAUCUUCACGUACACCCUCUUCGUACACACUUCUGCAGACGACAAUCCUCGGAUACCUGACCCGCUAGCUACUGUUUUCCACAGCAUCACUUGAACUACCCCACAAUCGUGUCCAACCGCCAUCAUGAAGCUCGCCGUUUUCAGCGCCAAGGCGUACGACAAGAAAUACAUCGAUGCCGCCCACGAAGUCAGGAAGGAGGAGUUCAAGAAGCACAACGCGAAGCUCGUCGAUGACAACAGCGACUUUGGCAUCAUCUACCACGACUUCUCCCUCUCCACCGAGACCGUCUCGCUUGUCAAAGAUGUCGAUGCCGUUUGCGUCUUCGUAAACGACUCCCUCACCGCCGACGUUGUCGAGGAGCUCCACAAGGCCGGCUGCAGAGCAAUCCUCCUUCGCUGCGCAGGCUUCAACAACGUCGACCUUAAGACCGCCGAAAAGUUGAGCAUCUUCGUUGCCAACGUCCCCUCCUACUCCCCCGAGGCUGUGGCCGAGUUCGCUGUCGCCCUGCUCCAGUCCCUCAACCGACGCACCCACCGAGCCUACAACCGAACCCGCGAGGGCAACUUUAACCUCGAUGGUCUUCUUGGCAAAACUGUACAUGGCAAAACGGUGGGUAUCAUUGGUACCGGCAGGAUUGGCGUCUCCAUGGCCCGCAUCAUGAAGGGCUUCGGCUGUACCCUGUACGCCUUUGACCCCUACGAGUCGGACGCCUUCAAGGAAGUCGGCGAGUACCUUUCUCUUGAGGAGCUUCUCCCCAAGUGCGACUUCAUCAGCUUGCACUGCCCUCUGAUGGACAAGACGAAGCACAUCAUCAACGAAAAGACAUUGAAGCAGAUGAAGCCCGGCGCUAUGCUCAUCAACACCUCUCGUGGUGGUCUCGUCGACACCAAGUCCGUCGUUCACGCCCUCAAGACUAAGCACCUCGGUGGCCUGGCCCUGGACGUGUACGAAGGCGAAGGCGAUCUGUUCUACAAUGACCACUCGGGCCAUAUCAUCGACGACGACUUGCUUACCCGGUUGAUGACUUUCCCCAACGUCCUCAUCUGCGGCCACCAAGGUUUCUUCACCGAGGAAGCAUUGCAGGAAAUCUCCGAGUGCACAUUCCGCAACCUCGAGGACUUUAUGCUGGGACGCAAGUGCAACAACUCUCUGGUCAAGGAAGAGUUUGUCAUGUCUCGCAGAGAAUCCCUUCCGGUGCGUAUUGUCUGAGAGGUUAUGGGAGACAUGCUGGUGACUGGCGGAUAUGAAGCAAAGGCCUGUAGAUUGGUGAAUACCCUCCUCUUCGGUUAUCGAGCAAAUAGAUGGUUACAGAUUACGACUUACGAAUAGACGAUUCCCUAUACCCACUUUUCCAUCACUCCUCGUGUGUAGACGAAAAGUUUGUUACAAGAAGAGG